AUGUCCGCCGCUAAGACUAAGGCCCAGACUUUGAUUAAUGAGAAUGGCGUUGUCGUCUUCUCCAAGUCCUACUGUCCUUACUGCACCGCUAGCAAGGAUCUCUUGAAUAGCCUCGGCGCGAAGUAUACUGCGCUGGAAUUGGAUCAGAUUCCCGACGGAAGCGCCAUCCAGUCCGCCCUCGAGGAGAUCUCCAAGCAGCGCACCGUCCCCAACAUCUUCAUUAAGCAGCAGCACAUUGGCGGAAACUCGGAUCUGCAGAGCAAGAAGGGCGCGGAGUUGAAUGGUCUGUUGACUGAGGCGGGGGCUUUGUAA